AUGUUCUUCCUGAAGCUCUCUCUACUCACCUUGCUGGUUGCAGCUCCAGAUUUGCUCGUUACUGCAGAGAAUGUAAUCACCUGUUAUGGCAACGUCCAGCACCUCCGCUGUGAGACUGGACUAAUAAGGGUGAAGUCUGCUAUUUAUGGCCGUACAGAUUGCAGCAUUUGUAGCAUUGGACGCCCACCAGCCCAAAUCCAGAACACCAACUGCUCCAUGAAGAUUCCUCUGAUCUCCAAGAGGUGUGAUGGCCACAGAGUGUGUGAGUUUAAGACUGAUGUGAUCGGAAGCCCUGAUCCAUGUGUCGGAACUUUCAAGUACUACAACACCACAUAUGACUGCAUCCAAGCCCGUGCCAGCGUGACAUGUGAGGACGGCUACAGCACACUGGACUGUGGAAAUGAUGUGAUUCAGAUCUUUAACGCUAAUUAUGGACGCACUGAUAAUAAGAUCUGCUCAGAGGGACUUCCCAGCUCUUUGACUGUGAACACCAACUGUUACGCUCCUGACACUCUUACUAGUGUGGCCACACGGUGCAAUGGAAGGAGCAGCUGCACUGUGCAAGCUUCAUACACCAUCUUCACAGAUCCUUGCAUUGGGAUUUCCAAGUACCUGGCUGUGUCCUAUUUCUGUCUCCCACAGCCUGUUCAAACCAGUGUGACCUGUGAAGGCGACAAUGCUGUACUGACGUGUGGCGCUGGCAUUUUAAAAAUCCAAGCUGCUAACUAUGGCCGAACUGAUUCCACCACAUGCAUAACUGGACGACCCGUCAAUCAGAUCACCAAGAACGACUGCUACGCAACCAGCACUCUAGCUGAAGUAAUAAACAGAUGUGAAGGCAAGACCACCUGCACAGUCCCUGCCACAAACGGUGUAUUCUCUGACCCCUGUGUCUAUACUUACAAGUUCCUGACCAUCGUGUAUUCCUGUGUGGUUUCACCGUAA